CUUACAAACUGAUUUUACUGUCGGGUGAGCUGGUCUCAUUCCUCAGAGAAAUUGCAAAACACUAUAUUUACUACAGGAUUACCCGCAGUGGGAUUACUUACACACGUUAUUCAUCGAAAAUCAAGAAAAAUGCGACAAGAAACAAACAUCAUUUUCAAGGCCGCCUUGGUCGUCAUUGCUUUCAUGGUGCUGGCCACCGCGACGAACCCAACGGUUAGAAUGGAUCAGAGUCACGACAAAGACCUUGAGAACUUGCUGGAGAUGGAGUACCUUUAUCCUGUUGCCAAGAAUCGCUCAAAACCAAGCCAGACCAGAGUACAAAAAUACAACAAUGUUAUGGGAGUUACUAGAACCACCUUUCAACCUUUCACGGCCAAACCUGUCGACUUCGCUGAAUUUGAAGAUAAUCUGGAAGAUGAAUUCUUAAUAAGGGUGGAUCACAACAGGGUGAAACGUCAGGUGGAGGAAGGCUCCGGCGGUGGCAGCGACGAUGAGGUUACUGCUACUCUAAGCCUAGGGGAAAACCGUGGGAUUGCUCAGACCAGUUCCGCAUCCACCGAAAACCUUCUGCAACAAGAGUUCGUAGAAAACGAAGUGGGAUCUACUUCAACGACAGUAACUGCAAGUUCCAGAGACGGCAGCAUCACGACAAACGCCAUCACAUGCAGUUUCAGCGGCGGCAUUAACAGGAGGGGUGUAGCCUAUGUUCUUCUGAGGAUUUUCCGAAGUGGAACGUUUAAUGGCUUAACCGUUGCCAGGGAACCGACCAUAUUCAAUUCGGUUAAUCACGAAGUUACUGUAACCUGUUUCCUGUGUCCAGCAGAUCGACCCUGUGUUAAUGGACAAUGCGGGGCCCCUACCACUGUCUCAGGAACUGGUCUGUUCCCAUACGGGUUUUCGGAGGCUGACUCGAGACUGCCUCACAGUCGGUGGGACAUAUCCAGUGCUAGAAUCGAAAUACAGGACGGAUUCCCCUUCUUUGACACGCUGGAGACGUCCAUGUUUAUUGGAGACAAUGGCGGAGUGAAUUUUGGGACGAAAUACAAUCCAUAUUACCUGAGAGAUAUAACCCAAGCAAAUACAAAAUAUGUGUGUAUCUACUGUGAUGAUUUCGACAUCAGAUACGGCGGAGAUGUCUUCUACCACGUUUAUGUCGCUGGAGACGAUAAUGCCAAUUAUGUGCUGGACAGGGCAGCAAAUGAAGUCCAAAGACGGACAUCCUUCAGAGGUUUCAGAGCAUCAUGGGCAUGUGUGGUCACGUGGUCAAGGGUACCGGAAUUCGUCUCCUUCUCUGCUACGUCAUCAGUUGUCGGGCGAAGCACCUUCCAGCUGGUGCUGAUCACAGACGAAAGUGUGGGCUUCAUGAUGUACUUCUUCAGCGAGACUGGAGCUUCUGACAACUUCCGUGAACUGGCUGUCCACGGGUUCACUGACGGAACACGGUUUACCCAGAUGGAGUACUCCAGCCGGGAGAGCGAGAUAGUCGGAGCUGCAUUCUUUCAGAGGUUUACAAAACCUCACAUGCAUCAAGUCUUAGGCAACUCCUUGAAUCAAGCUGGAGUCUGGAUGUUUAAAGUUGGAGAGUACGUGGCUCCAAGCCCAGUGCGCCUCUGUUACCAGUGGUACUUGGAAAACCUUAGGCAGAGGUCUUAUUUCCGUUCCCGGGCAUUUUUUCUUGGUUCCCGGAAUUGUCCCUGCAGGCGCGAACUGUUGCCGUGGAGCGCAGCUUUUCUUCCACUGCCCAUAUUUUACGGACAAAACGUGUACUGUGUCGAGAUGCGGGCUGUUGUUGGACUGGACACAUUUGAAUGCUGCUACAACAGAUGGGGCAACUUCAUCAACAGCCUCCCCAACGCGGGAAGCUACAACCGCUUCAGUAGGAUACGCGACCCCUUUCGCCAUGCGCUCCAAGACAGUGGUCCCAAGGACUGGUGCUGUAGACAAUCCAACUUGUGUCAGCUCUAUCGAUCCGUCCGGCCUACAUCAAGUUGCCGCUGGAAUACCUGGCGGGCCAUAUUGCGAUUUAUUUUCGGGGACCCCCACUUCAUGUCACUGGAUGGCAAGAUAUUCACGUUCAACGGUUUGGGAGAGUAUAGGCUGAUUGACCUGGAAUCGGAAAACAAGACCUUCACCUUCAAGCUACAGUGCCGAACUGCUCAGGCAGUGAACAGUACAGGGGAAAAGGUCAACGCCACACUCUUUUCUGCCUUCGCCGCCGAACAAUCCGGUUCUCUUGGAUCAGCGAAGAUUCACGUUGAACUCAACAAAGAUAAAACAAACUUGGUUAUCUAUUGUGACGACGUUGACAUGACCGCCCAAUUCUACAGCGAGGACAACUUCACAAGAACAUCAGACAACCUUAUCGUCGCUAAAGUGAACGACACGAGGGUUGAAUUUUCCUUUCCAAAAAUAGGGGUCGUCGUGACGGUUACAAUCAUCUCAGGGACGCUGUCACAGUCGACGGUUCUGGAGGAAAGACACAAAGGCCUUACUAAAGGUCUACUUGGGAAUUAUAAUGAUGUGGAUACAGAUGACUUUAUUUCCCCUGAUGGAACAACAUACGGAGCGGAUUCCACAGACAAGCAACUGUUUCCAUUCGGGCAGUCAUGGGCGGUGACCCAGCAGUCUGAUUCGAUUCUUCAUUAUGCGCCGGGGCAGAGUAUAACCACCUUCACCGACAGCAGCUACACACCUAUGUUUGAGGCAGACAUCUCAAACGCCGAUCGCCAAGAAGCAACUGCAGUAUGCGGCGCCAACAACACACAGUGCAUAUUCGACUACGCAGUUACGAAGAACGAAAACCUCGCUAAAGCCGCCACUGAACAGAUACAGGAAGCAAAGUCGGCAACCCAAAUUCUAGCCAACAGAAACCCCACGUUGACAGGGGCUGGAGAGAUCAAUGUGGAACUUGGAAGAAACGUAUCUCUCCGGUUCGUCGGUGAGGACGCCGAUAAUGACACUUUAACUUACGUCGUCGUCGGUCAGCCGCCCACAGCCUUCACGCUGAAUCCUACUGAUGGUACAGCAACAUGGACACCGCCUAAUGCCGACCCAGCCAGAAUCAGAAUUGCAGCCAAUGAUUCCAAAGAGGCACAGUCGCCAGUCCUGGAUGUUGCGAUUCGGCUAUGUAAAGGAUGUGGUGGUAAUGGAAGGUGUGACUUCACAACACCAGUGAAUCGCGCAACAUCCCAGGAUGAGACGUAUUUUCAGUUGGUGUCUUGUAAAUGCAAUACUGGCUACUCAGGUGCAGCGUGUGAGUUUGACACCAAUGGCUGUGCUCAUCCCAACCCGUGCGGCUUCGGACGUACCUGCAGUGACGUGACCGCCUCGGAAGAAGCAACGACUGGAAUUGCAUUCAACUGCUCGGCCUGUCCCGAUGGAUACACAUCAAACGAUAAUGCCGGCCAAAAUUCUGAAUGUAAAAAUAUUGACGAGUGCCUGACCAACAACGGAACCGCACCUUGCCCGCCCAACUCCAAAUGUGAAGACACCAUUGGUUCCUAUAUGUGCAUGUGUGAGAGAGGCUAUAGACAAGACAGUUCCAAACUGUGUAUCGACAUUGACGAGUGUGACGAAAACAGCAACGACUGUCAGCAAACAUGCAACAACACCGACGGUGGCUGGACGUGCGGUUGUGUAGAGGGAUACACGCUGAAUGAAGAUAAUAAAACCUGUAAUGGAUCUGGCGUUGGUUGUUCGACCCUAGGAUGUGAACAUUUCUGUGAAAACGGUACCUGUAAGUGUAGGCAGGGUUACAGGCUGGAUUUAAACGGGACAAGCUGCAUCGAUAUCGACGAAUGUGGAAACAACCUGUGCUCCCAGGUUUGUAACAACACCGACGGUAGCUACGUGUGUUCCUGCUUCAAGGGCUUCCAACUGUCGCAGGACAAACAGACCUGUCUCAAAUGUGGGUUCCCGCGGUGGGGCGUGGAAUGUCAGUCGACGUGUGAAUGUCAAGGUCGGGCGUCGAGCUGCGACGCUGCACGUGGCUGUAUCUGUGCAGCUGGUUGGACUGGGCCAGGAUGCGCUGUUGACGUCGACGAGUGCACGACAACACCGACUAUCUGUGGCGAGAAACUAAUGUGUACAAACACUAAUGGUUCCUAUACAUGCAGCUGCCCACAGGAUAUGAAAAGAAUGGAACUGACUCCGGUCCAGUGUUGCUGUUUACUUACAACUGCCUGCCUGAUGUGUGUUAUUCCAGAUGUGAACGAGUGUAUCUCUCCCACCGUGUCCUGCCCCAACAACACCAAGUGUAAGAACGUGGUUGGGUCCUACGUCUGUACCUGUGACCUUGGCUACAAGAAUAAUAAUGGCCAGUGUGUUGAUAUCAACGAGUGCGACAACGGCCAGGCCAUGUGUCAACACGAGUGCAGGAAUAUGGUGGGGAGCUACAACUGCUACUGCAACACCGGUUACACCCUCAACGACGACAGAAAAACGUGCACUAAAGACCCUGAGCAGGCUGACCCUUGCGCGGGACUGACCAACCUGAACUGCAGCCACUACUGCGAGGUGGUUGGUGGCAAUGCUGAGUGUAAAUGUAACCGCGGCUACACACUGGGAGUUGAUCGGACAACAUGUGAAGAUAUUAACGAGUGUAACUCGGCAACUCUAAACAAAUGUACGGGGACCUGCACCAACACGUUUGGAGGCUUCAACUGUUCCUGCCCAGCAGGUUCGAAACUGGACAAUGAUGGCCGCACUUGUGUUGCAUGCGAUGACAACCACUGGGGUGUCAAUUGUGUCAACGAGUGCGGAUGUGCACCCCUGGGGACACAGACCUGCAACAAGACCACGGGCUGCAGUUGCAAGAGCGGCUUCACUGGGGAGAAAUGCCAGAGCGAUAUAAAUGAAUGUUCUUCUGCAGCUUGCCAGGCUAAUUCAGACUGCAUUAACGCCCCUGGGUCCUACCACUGCGAUUGCCAUACUGGCUUCGAAGCUACAGUGACUGGCAGCUGUGACGAUAUCGACGAAUGCAUGAGUACGACAGUGACAGUGUGCGAUCACAUUUGUAAUAACACCGUUGGAAGUUACCAAUGCAGCUGCAACAAAGGUUUCCUGCUGGAGGGCACGGGUACCUGCAAAGAUAUAGACGAAUGCGCCCUCGGAAUCAGCGGUUGUCCUCAAAAGUGUCGGAACACCCUUGGCGCAUUUGCAUGUGAAUGCUACGAAGGAUAUGAGCUCACAACAAACCGAUUAAAUUGUACACUGAAACCGGGAGCAACGAUUUGUAACAGAACGGACUGCUCGGCCGAUGGUGGUUGUCGUGUACAAGGAGGAGUGGAUGUAUGUUUCUGCAACACCGGGUACCAACUGAACGCCGACAACAACACCUGUGAUGACAUUGACGAGUGUGCCGUGAAUACAACGUGUUCGCAGAACUGUACAAACACACCUGCUGGGACAUACACCUGUUCCUGCUCUGACGGCUUCCAGUUGGCUUCUGACAGGAGAACUUGUGAAGUCUGCCCUGACGGCAAGUUUGGCACCAGCUGUGCACAGAACUGCCUUUGCGACACCGCCAACACCAUCAGCUGCAACGCAACCGACGGCAACUGUACAUGUAGGAGUGGGUGGAUGGGAGCGACGUGCACGGAGGACAUACCAGAAUGUACCGACACCCUCAACAUAUGCGGCACCAACGGAAUGUGCAACGAGCGGAACGGAUCAUAUUCUUGCGCGUGUCUCUCAGGGUUUGUUCGAGCUGCCGAUUCCUGCACACCAUGCACUGGCAGAACGUAUGGCAUUAAUUGUGCUAACACAUGCACCUGUGUGUUCGCCAACACAGAGACCUGUAACACGGUCAAUGGAUCCUGCACGUGCAACUCGGGCUGGAACGGCACCAACUGUGAGACCAACGUCAACGAGUGUUCAGCCACACGAUCUGUCUGUACCGGCGCCAAUGAGGUGUGCCGAGACACCGACGGUAGUUAUGUGUGCGACUGUGAAGUAGGCUUGAAGAAAUCAACAGCCGACCAAUGUGUUCCAUGUACGUCGCUUACGUAUGGAAAGAACUGUGAACAGUCAUGCACGUGUGUGUUUGGUCACACAUCAUCCUGUAACCCGGUCAAUGGAUCCUGCACGUGUACUUCUGGUUGGACCGGCGACAACUGUGAAACGAACGUCAAUGAAUGUUCAGCAACUUCAUCGCCCUGUACCGGCGCUAAUGAGAAGUGCCGAGACACCAGUGGCAGCUAUGUUUGCGACUGUAAGACUGGGUUUGGAAGGGCAAGCGGUAGCACCACGUGCACAGCAUGUACGUCGCCUAUGUAUGGACAGAACUGUGAACAGUCAUGCACGUGUGUGCUUGCUCACACAUCAUCCUGUAACCCGGUCAAUGGAUCCUGCACGUGUAAUUCUGGUUGGACCGGCGACAACUGUGAAACGAACGUCAAUGAAUGUUCAGCAACUUCAUCGCCCUGUACCGGCGCUAAUGAGAAGUGCCGAGACACCAGUGGCAGCUAUGUUUGCGACUGUAAGACUGGGUUUGGAAGGGCAAGCGGUAGCACCACGUGCACAGCGACGGCUGAAUUCAUCACUGAGAUCACACUGAACACAUCUCGAUAUGACAGCAUCAUAGACUCACCUGGCCUCCCUGCCUACACCAAGCUGCAGGAAGAUCUUGUUGUGGGGAUUGACAAUAUCCUCAAGACAGUCUCCACCACAGCGCACUUGACCAGUAGCGUGGGAACUUUGAGAAAGGGCAGCGUCGUAGUUCCUGCAACACUGAGAGUCGACAGUUCGAAGACGAACAACCAACUCGGGGUUCUGGCAGCAUUCUUGGAGAAACUGGCAGAGGUUGACAGCAUCAAUGUAGCUGGAACAGCGAACCCAGUCAGCAAAGUCGUGUACAAAAACAUGACCAUCGAAGGUAACCACACUGUGUGCCACGUGUACAACAUGCUGAAAGACCACCCCAUGGAUACCGGCUGCACCGUCACCAACGGCAUACCUUCUGAUAUAAUUGUCCCUGGUUCCGACAGGACAGCUCUUAUAGUGGGUUUGACUAUACCCUUAUCAAUCAUCCUCAUCAUCCUUAUCAUCUUCAUCGUGUACAUCUGCUGCAAGAGGAGACGAAGGACAUCGUCUCGCGAAUCGUCCGACGACCGUGACCCCUUCCGUAGCGCAUUCUCGGGUAACGUGCCGACCAAGGGUAACUUCGGUGCUUCUCGGUACAUGAUGUACUCUCCGCACACACUCUCUGAGGUGAGCUCACAAGGCAGCAGCAGCUCGGGCAGAUCACCCCGGCGGCCAAAGCAGCACAUGACCACACCUUGGGUUAACGAGCGUUUUCAAGGCCUUACCGCAGCAACAAGAUAUGGCCCACAUACAGAACCAAUAGCAGAGGAACCAACGUCAAAUUUUUCUUGGGAAAAUUUAUUCUCUAUCCUUGAACCUCAAAGAAAUGGACAGUUCGAAAUGCCAAGACCUCAAGUCAACAUUACGCCGAAAAGACCAUUUCGGGAUUCCAACGCUUGAAGAUGGUAUCAUUUUGGAUAAAUUAUUCUUUUGAUGUCAGUGUGUGUGCUUCGACUGUUCCAAUGAAGGGCGAGUCUGCAAUAUUCCCUACUGAGCACAGACUCAUGAUUUCAUCUAGGAUACAACUGGCAAUUGGAUCCAAUUGGAUCUAUCGAUGUGGUCUAGCUCCUGGAUUUGUUCAUUAGAAAUGGAUACCAACAGCUACCUUUCCGGCUUUGUAUGAAGAAUCAGUGACUGACCGUUGUUGAUUCACACGUGAAAUAUACAAAUACCACACAUAGUAUAAAUAAACAUUUAACUCUUGUCCUACCAACGUUGUGUGUAUUUGUUUCAGGACUUUAAAUUAAUGCAUUGAAAGUGAUCCUUUUGAUUAUAUUCACAUGUUUAUGAAAAAUGAAUGUUUUUCAUCUCACCAACAAUUAUGAAACAUUUUAGAAAACGCAUUUGAGUUCAGUUUUAAUAUUCGAUCACUGACGUUACAAGUUAAGAAAGAAAAUCAAUAAACACAAUAUUUAAAAACAUGCUCUAUUAUCCGUAUAUACCCAUGGGAUUGAACCUUGAUGGUGUUAUGGUAUAUAUAAUCUUGGAAAUAGGAAUAAUAGAAACCAUUCUCUCCCCAUGAAGGCGAAAGGUGUGAGUCUAUUGUACUGCGAUAUUGAUCUACUUGUACUGAUAAAACAAGUUAGGGAGCUUGAAUUAUGGGGAUAUAUUUAUAUAUGGUCUUUAUUACAUCAACUUCCUGAAUCAUUAUUCGUAUUAUUUGUAUGGUACAUAACCUCCAUGGAAUAUUAAGUUUGGAUUUCAUAUCAUUAUCUCUUAGUAAAGUAUAUAUUUAUAUCUUUUCUCCUGUUCCUGUUUCAAUCAGCUUUGUAUUUAUCUACACCUUUGUUAUUGGGAUAUGUUCGCCUACCACAGAGCAUGUGGACUGUAUAGUCAUAAUUGGUUGUAAAACCAGUUGAGUUGAUGAAUCAUUAUAAAAUAAAAAAUUGGUCUCUUUGCAACAUGAAACUGCGUUGCAUCAUUGACCUUCAUUUGAUAGGGGCGGUGGGGUAGCCUAGUGGUUAAAGCGUUGGCUCGUGACGCCGAAGACCCGGGUUCGAUUCCCCACAUGGGUACAAUGUGUGCAUCCCAUUUCUGGUGUCCCCGCCGUGAUAUUGCUGGAAUGUUGCUAAAAGCGGCGGCGUAAAACUAAACUCACUCAUAAACAAACUGUGAUAUGACGUACUGGUAACUGAUUUUUGGAUAUUCAUGUAACUUCCACAGCUGAUUUCAAGUUUAUGUCCACUGGAAUCUGUGUUUGAAGAUAAUUGAGAGCGAUCGUUCUUUGUCGAUGACGUCAUAUAUUUAUAAUUUAUCAUAUCCUCAUGAGUGGCUUUUCUAAAUCCUUUACAGCCACAACACGUGAACGAUUUUUGCGGUCUCGUGGGACCAAACGACCAUUUGUAUAUUGCUACAUGCCCAAGUAUGAAAGAAAAUCUCACCAUUAUAACUAUGCAACUAAUGACUAAACCAUAUUUUCUAUUUUCGUUGUUCUCGUGUGAAGAACGUUGCCUUAUAACCAUUCCAUAAUCAUAAACAUGUCAAUGUAAGCUGUAUUGAAAAUUGGUCUAGAUUAGUCCUGACAGUUGUAGGACUAAGAUUCCAUUGUUUGUGUUGGUUUGUAGAUGUUGUUUCGGAAAUGUCAUAUCAUUUGUUGAAAUAUUUGUAUGUUUUUAGUCAGUUCAAAUGCACGAUAUCAAAACCUAUUUAUUUUUAUGGAAUUCGACUGGGUAUGUUGUCGAAAUUUUAAAUUGGCAACUUUGUUUGGCUUGUACGCUCAAACCACAAUAAAAAAAUGAAACUUAUUUCCAUUAUUCAAUGGUUCUUUUCAAACUCAAAUUUGGUCUGUGUUAUUGGUGGAGCUGAACACGUGUGUUCUGGUUUUCGUGAUAUUUGAAGCUUCCACCUUUAUUUGACCUUUUUUACUGGACCAUAUUAUGGAAUUCUCUUGAAAUGCAUUGCCUUGCGCUUGUGAUCAUACUCCCAACAGAAACCACUGAAAGCAAUUACACUGAAACUACAAAUGCUUUCACCAGCCAAUAGUAAAUAUCUAAAUUUCUUCUGGGCGUUCGAUUCUGAUUUUAUAUGUAACCGACAUGGCAGCCAUAUUGAAAAUACCAUUACAACAUGUGAUGAAAAUCGUUAUGUAUUAUAUAGUUCCUGUGAGAAACUCCUUCCUAUUAUAUAUUUUAUAUUUUGACCUUGUACUUUCCAUGCUCAUAAAUUAUCACAAAAUUAGUUUUUCUCUCUGUAAAUCUCAUCCUCCCUGAACGUUCUGAGUUGGUCCGACAGACGGAACAAGAUUGUGUGUUUCUCGUUCUCAUUCCUUUUUUUAAUUUUGAGAUUAUAUUGUUUGUUAAGUUUUGGUCUUCAGUAUUCAUGCUGGAGGAUUUGAAUAUCGAUGACAUCGUCCUAUUUUAAGAGGAUGUCUUUCCUGAUACUUCAGAUAGUUCGCUACAGAAGCUGGUGAGCUACAACGCCGUGGCACUAAUUUGGUUUACUGUUAAAAAAUAUUCAAGAGUAAUGGAGAUGUUUUGCAUUUCGGGCAGCCAAUAUUUGAACAAUCGUAGUUGUUAU